AAAGAAUACAUUAUUCCACCAUUGGUACCAUGACUUCUACCAUAUUAAUCCAAUUGCACCCAGUUGUGCUUUUCAAUAUAUCAGAUAUCAUAUCGAGAGAAAAUAACUCGCCAGUAGGAGUUUUAUUGGGUCAUGCUGAAGGCGAAAAUUUAGUAGUUAAAAGUUCAUUUGAAAUCGUUCAAGAUUAUGAUGCUGUGGAUCUCGAAUACUUAUACAAGAGAUUCAAUCAAUUCAAGGUGGUAUUUCCUCAAUGUAAAGUAAUAGGAAUAUACCAAAUUUUAGCAGAGGAUGAAGGAUCUAAUGACUUAGUUGCAGAUGCUUUUACCAUUUCAGUUGUACAACAAAUUCAACAGUUUGUGUCUGCUUAUGAAAUACCAACUGAUGGUCCCUUAUUUUACACCAUAUUUGACAAAAGUAACUUGAAGCACUAUCAGCAUGGAACUUCAAAACUAUUCAAGUCUUACACAUUUGAAACCUCACAGCCAUUAAGAACAAUUAUUUCAACCACGGAUACUGAGAGCAUUGCCGCCUCAACAAUUCAAAAGAAUAAAAACUAUUUUGCAAAUUCCAAGGAGAAAGAGUCAAGAAUCCCCCAGAAUAUUCCUGUUGCUAAACACACAGCAGAACUUACAACCUCAUUGAACCAAUUGCAAGAAAGAGUAGUAAAAAUCCUUACAUAUUUGGAACAAGAACGGGGUCUUCCCGAGACUAGAGAAGCCCGACAAGAAAAGAUAAAUAUCGAGAACAUGAUUGUACAUUUAUCCAACAAGUUAACUUCAUUCAAGCAAACUUCGCAAUCUGGUUCUGACGCCAUUACAUUGACAAAACUUCAAGCUUCAAAUUUGGCACUUCUUACAAAACAGCUAACUUUAUUGGAACAACAAAAAGUCGCUACAACAAAAUCGAUAUUAAGCAAUGACCUACAUCAUCAAGGCUUAAAUAGAUUUGGAUAAUUAUAUAUAGUUUUAACAGAGGUUAACUGGUUAUACAUUUAUCUGUAAUGAAGAGACGCUCAGAAACG